AAAUACUAAAUUUUAACACAAAAAUAUAUGAAAACCCCACCCUCCCACCUUCCCCCUGCCAGCUUAACAUUCAGUUGAUCAAAAGACCCUGCCAUUUCGACCAAAAAACCAAAACGAAAAUAAACCUGCCAUCUUCUAGCUCUCUCUCAUCAGCUCUCAGCAGCUCUGCAAAUUCAACACCCAGAAACUCAUAGCUGAGAGAGAAUUAGAAACCCACUUCACACUUAACAGCUAGAGAGAGAGAGAGAGAGAGAGAGAGAGUCUCUGAGGCUGCAAUUGCAAUGGAGGCUGUAGUUGCUUCAGCUCCAGGGAAGGUGUUGUUGACUGGAGGUUACCUAAUUCUGGAGAGACCCAAUGCAGGCCUUGUACUCAGCACCAACGCCCGCUUCUUCGCCAUAGUCAAACCACUUUACCAGCCUCUCAAGCCUGAUAGCUGGGCCUCGGGUUGUACAGAUGUGAAAUUGACGUCUCCUCAACUCGCCAGAGAAAGCGUCUACAAACUCUCCCUAAAAAAUUUAUCACUUGAAUAUGUUUCUUCAGGUGACUCGAGGAACCCUUUUGUGGAACAAGCAGUCCAAUACUGUGUAGCUGCUGCCCGUGCAACAGUUGACAAGAAGAACAAGGAUUCAUUAGAAAAACUACUAUUGCAUGGUCUUGAUAUCACGAUCUUAGGUAGCAAUGACUUUUAUUCUUAUCGAAAUCAGAUUGAAGCCCGUGGUCUACCUUUGACUCCAGACGCAUUGGCUGCACUACCUCCUUUUGCAUCGAUUACCUUCAAUGAUGAGGGAUCAAAUGUAGAAAACUGUAAACCUGAAGUUGCAAAAACUGGAUUGGGUUCGUCUGCGGCAAUGACAACCGCUGUGGUUGCUGCGUUGCUUCAUUACCUCGGAGUUGUUAAUCUUCCAUCUGUGCUUAAAGAUCAUCAACAUGAAAAGCACACUGCAGAUCUUGAUUUGGUGCAUGUGAUAGCUCAGACUGCUCACUGUAUUGCACAGGGAAAAGUGGGCAGUGGGUUUGAUGUUAGUUCUGCAGUUUAUGGAAGUCAACGUUAUGUCCGCUUUUCACCAGAAGUUAUUUCUUCUGCUCAGGUUGCAGUGACGGGAACACCACUAGAAGAAGUCGUUCCUCAAAUCCUAAACGGAAAAUGGGACCAUGAUAGGACUAAGUUCUCCUUGCCACCAUUGAUGACUCUUUUACUUGGAGAACCAGGAACUGGAGGAUCAUCCACUCCAUCAAUGGUGGGUUCUGUGAAAAAGUGGCAGAAGUCUGACCCUCAGAAAUCGCUGGAGACAUGGAAAAAGUUGUCGGAGGCAAAUUCAGCACUUGAAAUGCAGCUCAAUGCAUUAAGCAAAUUGGCAGAAGAACACUGGGAAGAAUAUAAAAGCUUGAUAAACAGCUGCAGCAUCCUCAAAUCAGAGAAGUGGACACAACAAGUCUCUAAACCAAGCCAAGAAAUCAUUGUUAAAGCAUUAUUAGGAGCAAGAGAUGCUAUGCUCGGGAUCAGGUAUCAUAUGCAUCAGAUGGGAGAGGCUGCAGGUGUUCCGAUAGAACCAGAAUCACAGACAAAGCUUUUGGAUGCUACUAUGGAUAUGGAAGGAGUGUUGUUGGCUGGAGUUCCUGGAGCAGGUGGGUUUGAUGCGGUAUUUGCUGUUACCCUAGGGGAUGCUGGGAGCCAUGUGUCGAAUUCUUGGAGUUCAUUCAAUGUUUUGGCCUUGUUAGUUAGAGAAGAUCCUCAAGGUGUUUCUUUGGAGAGUGCCGAUCCACGAACCAAGGAAAUGACUUCAUCCAUUUCCUCAGUUAAUAUUGGAUAACCUGCGAUUUGUAAGAUGAAUUGUAUAAGAGCGUGGAUAUUAAACCAAUUGGUCAAGGUUUUAGAGAAGAAAAAUACAUAUGGGAUAAACUUGCAGAGUGAAAAUGUUACUUGCAACAAAAUCAAUAAGAGUCGUUUGUUUAAACUGUUCAA